AUGAGCGCAGCAGCAGCAGCAGCAGCAGCAGCAGCAGCAGCAGCAAGGACAGCAGCAGCAGCAGCAGCAGCAGGGACAGCAGCAGCAGCACGUGGGGAAGUGUCUGCGCCCCUGAGGAAGGAGGCCAGCAGCAGCAGCAGCAGCAGCAGCUGCAGCAGCAGCAGCAGCAGCAGCAGCAAACCGAUUCAAGCAGCGUUGUUGCUGAUGCCCAGACCGAAGCUGCUGCAACUCCAGCAGCAGCAGAAGCAGCAGCAGAUGUCACAGACAAAAAGCAGCAGCACGUGGGGAAGUGUCUGCGCCCCUGAGGAAGGAGGCCAGCAGCAGCAGCAGCAGCAGCAGCAGCAGCAGCUGCAGCAGCAGCAGCAGCAGCAGCAGCAAACUGAUUCAAGCAGCGUUCUUGCUGAUGCCCGCAGCAGCAGCACGUGGGGAAGUGUCUGCGCCCCUGAGGAAGGAGGCCAGCAGCAGCAGCAGCAGCAGCAAACGGAUCGUGCGGCGCACGGGCGACGGAAGUUCAAGACAGCAGCAUAUUUGCCGAAGAAGAAGCAGCAGCUAGCAGCAGCAGCAGCAGCACCUGCAGCAGCAGCAGCAGCACCACCAGCAGCAACAGCAGCAGCAACAGCAGCAGCAGCAGCAGCAACAGCUGGAGACUCUGCUGAGAGUCUCUUUGCUUACAGAGACAUAGACAGCCACGAGGCUCACCCAACAGAAGUCCUACCCACCAUUCAGGUGACCUACGCGGACACGAGUGGGGGUGGUGAUGGGUGGGUGGAGGGUGGGGUUGUGCUGCCGCCCGUUCGGGUGUAUAGGCACCGUCUGCUGCGGCAGCACCAUUUGUUUAUUUCAAAGGCUUUGCUUGCUGCUCUUGUUUCUUUUGCUGCUGCUUCUGUUCUCAUGCAUCUCCUGAGCAGCAGCAGCAGCAGCAGCACUUCUGCUGCUGGCUCUGCUGCUGCUGCAGCAACUCCAGCAGCAGCAAGUGCUGCUCCUGCUGCUGCUGCUGCUGCUGCAAGAGACAGAAGGAGACAGCGCUUUCGCACGCCUUCACUGUCUCCUGGGUCCCCGCGCAGCCGCAGCAGCACAGCGCAUGCAGAAGAGCAGCAGCAGCAGCAGCAGCAGCAGCAGCAGCAGCAACUGCAGCAAACGGAUCGUGCGGCGCACGGGCGACGCAAGUUCAAGACAGCAGCAUAUUUGCCGAAGAAGAAGCAGCAGCUAGCAACAGCAGCAGCAGCAGCAGCAGCAGCACCUGCAGCAGCAGCACCAGCAGCACCAGCAGCAACAGCAGCAGCAACAGCAGCAGCAGCAGCAGCAGCAGCAGCAGGAGCUGGAGACUCAGCUGAGAGUCUCUUUGCUUACAGAGACAUCGACAGCCACGAGGCUCACCCAACAGAAGUCCUACCCACCAUUCAGGCCUGCAGCAGCAGGAGCAGCAACAACAGCAACAACAGCAGCAGCAGCAGCAACAGCAGCACCGACGUCUGCAGCAACGACAGCAGCAACAGCCACAGCAACAACAACAGCACCAACAGCAGCAACACCAACGCCCAGCUUCACGGGGGUCCCCCUCCAGGCCUGCAGCAGCAGCAGCAGCAGCAACAGCAACAACAGCAGCAGCAGCUGCAACAGCAGCACCAACGUCUGCAGCAACGACAGCAGCAACAGCCACAGCAACAACAACAGCACCAACAGCAGCAACACCAACAGCAGCAGCAGCAACAACAGCAGCAGCAGCACCACCGCCACCAGCAUCAGCAGCAACACCAGCAGCAGCAACAACAACAACAACAGCAGCAGCACCAGCAGCAGCAGCACCACCAGCCACAGCAACAACAGCAGCAGCAGCAACAGCAGCAACAGCAGCAGCAGCAGCAGCUAGCCACACAUCAAGGCACUGGGCUAUCGCCUGAAGCAGCAGCAGAAGCAGCAGCAGCAGCAGCAGCAGCUGCUGCUGCUGCUGACGAUGCAGCUAACAACCUAGAGGACCCUAUUGAUGCUGCUGAUGAGGUUUGUGCUGCAGCAGCAGCAGCAGCUGCUGCUGCUUCUGGCCGCGUUGUUUCUCUUGCUGCUACGGGGGCCCUGAGCCUUCGUUUCCUUAUUGAAUCUCUCAGGCCUGCAGCAGCAGCAGCAGCAGCAGCAGCAGCAACAGCAGCAGCAGCAGCAGCAGCAGCAGCAGAUUCAGAGCAGCAGAACUGGCAGGUUAAAUCUAUAGAGUUCUCCCUCGAUAGGCUGUUUAGCCACCCUGGUAGUCUCCCUCUAGCGCCUCCUGCUGCAGCAGCAGCAGCAGCAGAAUUCAACCCCCCAGACAGCUGGUUCGAUUGGUUGCUGCAGCAGCUGCUGCCGCGGUGGCUGCUCAACACAGCAGCAGCGCAUGCAACCCUAUUAAACGUUCUCUCGCUGCUGCUGCCAUCGAAGCCGAAACCAGUGCACAGCAGCAGCAGCAGCAGCAGCAGCAGCAGCAGCAGCAAAGACUGCUGCAGCAGCAAGGAGGCAGACAGUGCAUUCAUUACAGAGCUCAGCCGCUGCAGCUGCAGCAGCACCAUCACCACCACCUGCAGCAGCAGCAGCAGCAGCAGCAGCAGCAGCAGCAGCAGCAGCAGCGAGACAGGAGAAGCAGCAGCAGCAGAUAUAUCUGCUAGCAGCUUCGUUCCUGCGGGGGCUAAACAGCUGCUUGGUGUUUCUAUUGGUUGUCUACAAAUUAAAAACAAAACCAUCAGGAACCUUCUUGCGCUGCCGCGUUGCUGGCAGCACGAAGCGCAGCAGCAGCAGCAACAGCAGCAGCUGCAGCAGCAGCAGCAGCAGCAGCAGCAGCAGGGGGUUGUUGAGGCAGCAGCAGCAGCAGCAACAGCAGCACCAGCAGCAGCAACAGCAGCACCAGCAGCAGCACCAGCAGCACCAGCACCAGCAGCAGCAGCAGCACAAGCGCCAGCACCAGCAGCAGCACCAGCACCAGCAGCAGCAGCACCAGCAGCACCAGCAGCAGCACCAGCAGCACCAGCAGCACCAGCAGCAGCAGCAGCAGCAGCAGCAGCAGCUGGUGUGCAUGCAGUGUCUGCGCAGGUACUUCAAGACGGCAGCACCGCCUACAACGAAAUUCGUUACUGUCUCCUGUCUCCUCCUUCUGCUCUUUAUCUCUCUCACCAAACCCUGCUGCUGCAGCAGCAGCAGCAGCAGCAGCAGCAGCAGCAGCAGCAGCAGCAGCAGAGGGGAGAAGAAGCAGCAGCGGAAGAUGCUAUUUUGAUGGAGUCGCAGUGGAAAGAGACACUGCGCCCCUUCCUGCUGCCAUCGUCAACACAAGCAGAGAGCGGAGCAGCAGCAGCAGCAGCAGCAGCAGCAGCAGCAGCAGCAGCAGCAGAUGUUGCUGCUGAAGGGAGUAGCAGCAGCAGCAAGCUUGGGUGGCUGCUGCGUCUGCUGCUGGAAGACGCAACGCAGACAAUCGUAACCAAACCCUAA